CAAUCGAUGCGUCGCCGUGACUUUUAUGAUUAGUGAAGAGCAAGCAGGGAGGCUUAUCGCCUAGCUCCGCGAACCACCUUCCAGUUUGGUUCCUAGUUCCAUCUAUCCGUCACCUUAAUGAAUCUGGACCGGACCAGCCCCUGCCUAGCUCAUAAAAUGUGGGUCAACUUCGGGAGCGUUGAAAUACGAUAGAUGUGGGUUAACUCCGUCAGCUUUAGAAUACGCUUAGACAGGAGCUGGUUUAGACAGUAGUUAUGAAGCGGCCCCUGUACCGUGGCACAGAUUCGAUAGCGUACACGCCGAGGAAGAGGCUUCAGGUUACCCGAAUUGAAAGCGGUAACCAGCAGCAGCAGAUUCAUAGAUUUUUCGCACGGCCAUCGCAGGCUACUGACUCGCUAACAAGCUUUCGCCCUUCAUCUCCUAGAACGGUCCUCUCGGCGAUCUCACUAACCCUUUCGUGUAGUUCGUCGUCGUUAACGAUAGAGUCAAAUACCGAAUCCAGCUUUCUCCAGGCGGAGCUGGAGGUGACUAGCCCGGCGAUCGGCGCUGUCGCUGAUAAGGGAUGUAGCGUUCAGGAGUUCACAGAUCUGAACAUACGCGAGGAAGAAGGUGACUGUAGCGAUCCUGCACGUGACUAUACCGAGCGCCUGACGGUGUUGUCAGAAGGCACGGCGGCUAUCGCCGUAUCGACAAAGCGUGAUAACAACGAGGGGGACGACCAAGGGAUGUGGAAGGUAGCCAAGCGGCGCUGCGUGGCUUUCGAUUGCGUCACGCUUCCCCCUCUUCCUUCGUUAGAAGCACCCCGGAUGCAGCCCGACGUGCGGAAACUCGACAUUCCCGAUCCCCGGCGACCACCGCCAAUCUCCACUGGUCGAAGCACCGCGAGCAGAUCUCCCAGCCCCGUUCCUUACCCUUUAGCGACCCCUCUCACAAACCCCCUCACGACCCCUCUCAUGGGCCCUCUCACGACUCCCCUCGCGACCCCUCAACCAUGUCGCGCGUCCACCGAGCUCCCGAGUCCUCUCCCUGGUCCCGUCACGCGCUUUAAACGGCAGCGGCCGCCGACUCUAGACAUUCCUAGGAAAGGCUGCUUCACGUCGUCGCCGGCCGGCACGCCGGAUUCGGCGGCGGAGGAUGCGCUGGAUGGCGUGGUGGAGGUGGCGGAGAGCGGCGCGGGCUUCGCCGUGGCGUGCAAGCGCGGGCGGAAGCCCGUCAUGGAGGACACGUACCAGGCGCUGGUGGGAUUCGGAGGGCGGGAGAGCGAUGCGUUCUUCGGCGUGUUCGAUGGCCAUGGCGGCACUGCAGCCGCCAAGUUCGCAGCAUCGGAGCUGGCCAGUCACGUGGCGGCGGCGGCCAGGCGCAGAGGCGGGCAGGCGAGUGAGGCUGCUCUGGAGGAGGGGUACCUGGAGACGGACAGACGGUUCCUGGAUCAGAACGUCUCUAGUGGCACCAGCUGCCUCAACUGCUGGGCCACGCCUGGGCGGCUGUUCCUGGCACAUGCGGGCGACUGCAGGGCAGUGCUGGUGAAAGGUGGGAAGGGCGUGCCGCUGACAGAGGACCACCGGGCGACCAGGGAGGACGAGCAGACCCGCAUUGCCCGCCUGGGUGGCUUCGUCGACACGGCCACCGGCAUGCCGCGAGUGCAGGGCAUUCUGGCCGUCACGCGCGGCAUAGGCGACGCGCACCUCAAGGCGUUCAUAACGCCCCAGCCUGACGUGGCGCAGGUGCCUGUGGGCAGGGACUGCAGCGCGCUCAUCCUGGCGUCUGACGGGCUGUGGGAUGUGGUGCCGACCCAAGAGGCAGCGGACGUGGUCACAGCAUGCAUCACUGCAGCGCUGGCAGCACCGCCUGCGCUGUCAGAACCACCUGCUUCUGUGUCCCCGCCAUGCAAGCGGGCUCGCAAGCAGGUUUCCCGCGGGUGGUCUGCUGAGCUGGCACAGGAGAGGGGGAGAGAGAUGGAGAGGGAGACGGAAUUCAGGAUGCCGUAUCAUAGCCCCCUUGGCACACCGCCCUGCACACCACGCUCACACACCACCGCCACCACCACCCCUCCUUGCACUCCCCAUUCACGUGCCACCACCACCCCCCUUUGCACUCCCCACCCACGUGUCACCACCACCAGCACCAACACCAGGACCCCUGCCAUGCCUCGCCGUCACCUCUCCCCCAGCAGCAGCCAGCGCAGCGGCAACAUCUUCCUCUCUCCGCGCUCAAGAGCUCCUCCUCCCUUCGCCCCUCCAUGGCUCGACACACCUUUUGAGGAUAACGCAUCCGUGGGGGCAAACGCUGUAGCAGUGAGUCCACAGGAGGAGACUGUAGCAGCUGGGGGCUCACAUACUGUAGCAGCGAUACAGCAAGGGAGUGUAGCAGCUGUGGUACCAAGUCAAGAAGCGUCAGACAGUGGUGUGAGACGGAAGGCUGAAGGAAUUCUGCCCUGUGAGAUGGCGAGAGGAGGUGAAGGAGUAAUGAGAGCGGUAGAUGGAGAGGUGUUGCUGAGAGCGUGCGAGGCACUGGUUGGCAUGGCAGCGACAAGGGGAAGCAGGGAUGAUAUCACUGUCAUGCUGGUGUCACUUGCUCCUUUUGCUGAGUCAGCAUCAUAGGUUGCUCACUCAAAAGAGAAUCUGGGCUGAUGGUGAUACCUGCACCAGCUGGAAGAGCUGAUGUAACAAGAUGUGCACUUAACAGACACCGAGUAGAUGUUCAGUGUACGCGAAAUUGGAAUGCUCUCCACCUGAAGGGAUGCAGUGUAACAAGAGUGCCAGUUUACGUGAAGUGCCUCACAAUGCCCCCCAAGGAGCUGCUUCUCAGAGUGGCAAAGUAAACUAAGCAAGGGCAUGCAGGUAUAUUGUAAAAUAUGAGUUGUGGGUUGUAUUUGUCAACUUAUCCAUAUUAUCUAUGUAGAAGUUAUAGGCUAGACUGAGGUAUGCUUCUAGUGAGUACAACCAACUAGUAUUUGUUCUAGGUUUCCACCUCUAGUCAUCAU